AUGGUGAGGAUUGCUAUCGCCGGUGCCUCAAGUGAGCUGGCUCGAGAAAUCCUGGACAGGCUCGUCGCAACCGGAAAACAUGAGAUCAUCGCGCUUGUCCGCAAGGAAACUUCCCAAUUUCCUGAGCUGACUGGUGUCAAGUGGAUUCAGACUGAUUACAAAGACGAGUCAGAACUAGUCGAGCUACUCCGCGGAGUCCAUACCGUUCUAUGCUUUUUUGCAGUCCACUUGGACCCGGGCUGUGAAACCCAGAAGCGGCUUAUCGACGCUGCUGUCAAAGCUGGCGUUAGAAGAUAUGCCCCGUCUGAAUGGGCUACAGGCGUCAAAUUGGCCGAUUCACUUGACGUCAUGUCGUGGUACAGUGGUAAGAUUGAGAUUGUUAAGUAUCUUGAGAAUCUCAACUCGGAGAAAAAGGUAGUCCUCGAGUAUACACGAUUUCAACCCGGUGGCUUUAUGGAUUAUUUCUGUCAUCCACACAAGACCACCAAAUAUGUAACCACCACCGUCGUCAAUGUGGAUUUCGAAAAGCGACGAGCAAUCGUUGUUGAAGGCACACUCGAUGACGACAUCGUUUACACGUCUGUGGAGGAUAUUGCAAAUGUGGUCACACAAGCUGUUGACUACGAGGGCGAAUGGCCAGAGGUUGGAGGUAUCUGUGGUGAGAAAAUCACCAUUCGCCAGCUAUUGAAGCUCGGUGAAGAGAUACGGGGAAAACCUUUCACGAUUGAAUGGCUCAAGAUGGAAGACCUCGAGGCCGGGGAGUUGAAGACGGAUAAUUACCCUCGCCUUGAAUUGCCAUCCAUUCCUCAGGAGCAAAUCGAAGCUUUCUCGAAGAUGGCCACAAUUGGGGUUUUGAUUGCCUUUCACCGGGGAGUCUGGACUGUAUCGGAUGAGUGGAACAAGCUGUUGCCGGGGUACCAGUUUACAAAGGUUGAAGACCUUUUGAAGAAGGCUUGGAGGUCCGGUUAG